UCAGGAAAAGUUAUCAAAUGGCGCUGAAAAACUCGAGAAACGGCUUUCUGAAACGUUACCAAAUGCGCAGCCGUCGAAGACCAGGAGAACGAAUAAUAGCCUCUGCAUCUCGAAUCCAUAAACACCUGAAAGUAAACUUCCUCUGCGUGUAGAUGAGAACUGAGAAACAGAGAAAGAGAUAGGAAGAAUCAUAGACUGGAGGGAGAGGUUCAAAGACGAGCAAGGGUUCCUCUCCGGAGACGGAAAUCGAAGAAGGGGUAAGUCAAUUUCGAAAAAGCAUUAUAACUCUCUCGGUGUCGUCUUCUGUUCGCUCUUUCUCCACUCUGUUAACGCCUUGGUUUAGAGAGCUCUGGAUUAGUGUUCCCGUAUAGCAAAAAAGGAGCAGAAAAUUCUGGGAUUGGAAUUCUGAAAGUUUUGAUUGUGUUGAGCUUGAAAUUUUCCUUGGAGUGGCUAAGCUUGUUGAAGCCGACGCGACGGGAAACCGGCCACUAGUUACGAAGCUCCAAUAAGGUAUCGAGAGGGCCAUCACAGUCAUGUGCGAAGCAAUUGCCCCUAUAACCCCUAUUCCCAAUGAAAAUACCCCAAAACUUCUAAAACCUCAUUAGAGGAAAACCCAAACCCACGCAGAAGCAGAGUUCGACCUCCACAACUGCGCGAUAUUCUCUCCUAAAAACUCCAAAGAUCUGCACCUAAUCACCAGCGAAGAUGAUGCUACCUCCCUUCUCCAUCUGCGUCUCCAGUUGAGGGUGCGGGACACUCAAACGGAAGUCCAGCUACUUCAACUCUCCAUCGCCUUGCACUGCGUGUUCUCUGCAAACAAGGUGACUGCAAGGUGAGCUCCUUCGAUAAAGUGAACGAAUUCCAGAGUUCAUCUCCCUCAUACGAAGCUUCUAACCAUAUUCUCGUUGUCAUUACUGAAACCCCUUGGUGAAUCAUUGGGCAUGAUCUAUUUGAGUUGAGGUGCAAAAGAAGUAGGGAAGUAUAAUGGGUUCGUCAGUCGUGACACCUGAAGCUGUUUUGGAGAUGCUAAUGAAUGAUGGUACAAUUGAUGCUCUCAGGUUGAAGAUAAUCAAUCAGCUAAAAGCUAAUGAAGGGUUGAAAAAUAACACACUUACAAUGGUGGAACAGAGUAAGGUUUUAAACACCCCUGGUGCCGAGAAACAAACCAAGAGGGAGCUAUUUGAUGCACUUCGAUGGGAGCUUGAAACUCCAGUGCUUGAGAAGGCUUCUAAAGCUGUAUGGGAGUUGAUUCUUGAUGACAAUGGACUGGGGAAGGAAAUAAGCGAAACAGUUGAAAGGGUUUACUGCCGAUUAAGUGGCCAAGAAUCUCCAUUGCUUCCUCCAAAUACUGAUGCACAGUCCAAGAUGGGGAAAGAGAAAGAUAAUUCAGAUUCUUCAUCGAAGUCAAAGAAAAGGAGCCAUAGUGACAUGAGUAUUCAAGGAGGGGAAAAUGAAGCUGUGGAUGGAUCUGGGAGCUCACCUUCAUUGACAGAAGGUUCUGGUGUAGAAUUGCUGCCUUCUAAUGUUACAACAUGAUUCAUGCUCUGUCCUCGAUCAAGAAUUUGGGAAUUAAGCCUUGGGCGUUAGGACUUGGGACCUUCCAUUGUGGUGUUGGAAGUGAAUAUGGAAGCCUCCUUUCUGUUUUUUUUUUUUUCUCUGAUAAUGCUAAAAAAGAAACACACACCACACUGCUUCUAGUUAUACAUAGGAAAUAGUUUCAUGACUAA